AUGGACGACGAGCGAAUACCCAUACGACUCUUCUACGGAGACGUCGCGAUGGGUUCUCGCCGUCAAGGAGGCCAAAUUCGUCGAUAUAAGGACACUCUGAAUUCCUCCCUGAAGCGUCUGCAAAUCAACCCGACCAACUGGGAAGAGCUCGCUCGCGAUCGUCCGACCUGGAGGAGAACAGUGAAGACGGGCGCUGCGAUCUACGAAGCCAACCGCAUCGCUGCCGCCAAAGCGAAACGCGAAGCACGCAAAUCACAACUGCGCCCAAUCCGCAACGCCGACGCACAACCGCUUUCAAUGUGUCCUCGAUUUCAACGGACAAUCCGGGCUCGAAUCGGACUUGUUGGACAUCUCCAGAUCAGCUGCGCCUCUCGAACUGCACAAACAAUCGUCCCCCCGCUCGCCUAUUCCUCGUCCUCUUCGCCGCCAACUAACUCUGACAAUUCUUCUGAACCACCACUUCCAUCCUUCUCCUUCUCCUCCUCCUACUCCUUCUUCUUCUUCUUCUUCUUCUUCUUCUUCUUCUUCUUCUUCUUCUCCUCCUCCUCCUCCUCCCACACCACUGCGUUCACGACGCCCGCUCAGGCGGCUGUCACGCACACAACAACCGACACCACCCCCACUGCAUCCGACUCCAGCGAUCAGGAUCAGAUCUACACCUGCCCUCACUGCGACCGAACAUUUACCUUACACAUGGGCCUGGUUGGUUACUUGCGAAUCCAUCGCACAGAGACUGGCGAACCAGUGCCUGGAGCACCAACCUACACCCACCGCACUCACCUCCACUGCCACACUGCUCUCGCACCUUCACGCAUCGCGUGGGUCUAUUCGGCCACAUGCGCAUCCACGAGAGCGGAAUUGACUGCAUUUCCGACACACCCACCACGUCCACCACACCCAACACUGCCAGCCCCACCCUCGCUCCAUGGCCCUGCGCGCCGAUCACCACCGCCACCAUUACCACCACCGACUCCUCUGUAGCUGACAUCGACACCCCCGACCUCUCCUGCCCACACUGUUCACGCACAUUCACUUAUCGCAUCGGCCUGGUCGGUCACUUGCGAAUCCAUCGCACAGAGACUGGCGAACCGGUGACUGGAGGACCAACCUAUACCCAUCAGUCUCGUCUCAACCGCCCACACUGUCCUCGCACUUUCAGGCAUCGCGUGGGCCUAUUCGGCCACAUGCGCAUCCACGAGAGCGGAAUUGACCGUCAUUCUGACACACCCAACACAUCCCAAACAUCCACCGUGCACACCCCCACCCUCGCUCCAUCCGCCUGCGCCACUACCACCACCGCCUCCUCUGUAGCUGAUACUGACACCGCCGACUUCUCAUGCCCACACUGUCCGCGCACCGUCACCUCAAACAUUGGCCUGGUCGCUCACUUGCGAAGCUAUCGCACACAGACUGGCGAACCAGUGCCUGGAGCACCAACCUACACCCACCGCACUCACCUCCACUGCCACACUGCUCUCGCACCUUCACGCAUCGCAUGGGCCUAUUCGGUCACAUGCGCAUCCACGACGACCUGCGGUGGACAACCGCCGGUUACAACACACCACAACACCCUCCCGUCCUGCCUACUCCUCCACCACCACCACCACCACCCCACCACACAUCAACACUCACCCACCGCAAGCACCAAACUGCCACCUCCCGCGCAAGUGGGAAGUGUGAAUCUCGACUCGGUCUCCAUGCGGCUUCGGCUGCACGGAUGA